AUGGUGGAUCAUGGUGAAUCGUUUAAGUGGCGCGGUGCGAUCCUGUCCACGAUAAAUAGAAGUUUUCGUCUCAAAAGAGCCGUGGAAAGCAAGUCUAUGGAUUCUGCGGGUCUGAACUCAUCAAGCGAGGCGUCAACUAUGCGACCUUUAGAGAUAGUCGCGCCGAGGAUAGACACAUACCGUUUCUCCAUGGCUAACCUUGAGGAGACGCAGGAUGCUGAUCUGGACGCUAUUCUUGGGGAACUUUGCGCCCUGGACUCGGAGUACGAUGAGGAACUGUCCAGAGUUUCGGCAGACUAUUCAACUUCUUCAAAGGACCGCGUGGAUGGUGAAGUGCCUCAGAGGCCUGACAUCAAAGAGACUGAUGGUGGAGCUCAUAUCACCAGAACCGAUUCACCUGACAACGACUCUGCUUUCAGCGACACCGUGUCCAUGCUUUCAAGCGAAUCUUCGGCUUCAAGUAGCGCUAGCUCUAAGUGCAAGCCAAUGAAACUUACGUUACAUCCAAACCAGAAGGACACCCUUUAUCAACAGAAGGCAGACAAGAUCAAAUUAGCUCUGGAACGCAUGCGGGAGGCAAACGUGAAGAAGCUCUUCAUCAAAGCCUUCUCCACCGAUGGUUCGUCCAAGAGCUUGCUCGUUGAUGAGAAGAUGACAUGCGGCUACGUGACCCGACUCCUGGCUGAUAAAAAUCAUGUUUCGAUGGAACCCAAAUGGGCCAUUGUGGAACAUUUACCAGACCUGCAUAUGGAGCGUGUAUACGAAGACCAUGAAAUGUUGGUUGACAAUCUGAUGCUGUGGACAAGAGAAUCCAAGAACAAGAUCCUCUUCGCUGAAAGGCCAGAGAAGAACUCGCUGUUUCAGACGCCAGAGAAAUUUCUUUUGAGUGAAGACGAUAGAGGCUGGUCUAAUGACAAUGAUGAUCAUCUACGCCAAGUCAUCAUUGAUGAAUUCUUCAGUCAGAGCAAUACGACGACACCAGCCAUCUCUGGCCAUCCUGUUCCACCAAUGGAAGGCUUCCUUUACUUGAAGAGUGAUGCUAAGAAAGGCUGGAAGAAAUAUUACUUCGUGUUAAGACCCUCGGGUCUAUACUACGUACCGAAAGAUAAAGUGAAGACCUUAAAAGAGCUGGUCUGCUUAACCACCUUCGAUAACAAUGAAGUGUAUGUCGGCAUUAACUGGAGGAAGAAAUACAAAUCUCCGACGGACUAUUGUUUCGCGAUUAAACACCCGAGGCUGCAGCAACCAAAGAGUGUUAAGUUCAUAAAAUUCCUCUGCGCUGAUGACCAGCAGACCUUGGACAGAUGGGUCACAGCCAUGCGGAUAGCUAAACACGGACGACAACUGCUAGAAAAUUACCGUUCCCUGGUCGAAGAGUUAACGCAAGAAGAUUUGGACCAUUUGGCGCAUGCACGCUCUUGUUCUAUUACGUCAAUUCCAACGAAGACAAACAACCCGCCGGUCGUCAGUAACCCAGUGCAGCCAACAUCAAGUAAUGCUAGCGUUGCCAACUCGGACGCCAGUAGCGGAAGGCACUCACGCGCAUCUUCGUCAAGUUCCAGCGGAUGUCUUUCAGAUGGCGGCACUGCAUCAGAGAGUGCAUUUGAUUGCGAAUUUCCUAUGGGUACAAUCAAACGUAAGCCAUCCAUGAAGCCAAACAUUCCUUUGACCUGGAUGACAAGACAGCUCAAAGAAAUGGCAGAAAAGGACGAAGGCGAAACAGGAGACUGUGCAACGUUGACGCGAAGACCGCGUCAGAGGGACGACUCUACUCUUAAACGGCACCAUCCUGGUGAUAGUCGUUACCAGGGUACUGACGACUACGUGGCAGGUGAUUGCGGCACACUCACAAGGAAGCCGUGCCAGUGGGACGAUUCUACCCUUAAACGCGCUAACGGCAAUCAGUUUCAAGAAAAUCAGGAUUCAUCUGUAUACAGCACUGGCAGCAUAACAUCGUCGAGUCCCACGCACGAGUCCCCUUCAUAUGGUCACUACGAGACGAUUCCGCGUGACACCUACCGCGCCAGUGUCGACACUGCUUCGUCAAUCUAUGGUUACACCAUUUACGACACGCAGCCUACAGAAGAUUUUCCCCUACCGCCUCCGCCUGAAACAGAAGUUACUGACCCCAUGUUCUGCUCUACACUCAGUCUAGACUCUCUCCCCCCGCCCCCGCCUCUCGAACCGAUAGAAGACAUCUGCGGUUCGCAGCUUAGUCUCCCACCACCGCCACCAGAAAUAGAACACACGGGUAGAGUUCAAGAUAUUGUCACGCAACUGACCGCCCAGCAGAUAGAACAAACGGCACCAAAGCGAACGAGACCAGAAAGCAAAACCUUUCCCAGACAACCAUCUCUCGAUAGCGUCAACUCGGACACUUCCAAAACUUCCUCCCUAUAUUCCGACAAGAGCAUCAGGCAAAACGCAUACGGCGCCUGCUUGGUGGAGCUUCAAACCAAGAAACUUAGCAACGGCAGUCCAUCUGUACAAAAGAAACUAGACUCUUUACCCGGCAAAGAGAGAUCUAGCUCAAUGAAAAAGGUUAAUUUCGCAGAUGACCUCCCAACGUGUUCCGAAAAGAAGAACAAGAAGAUUAGCUUCAAUCUGACAGAUGCUCCACCGUCACCCAGAAAACCUUUACCGCCAAGACGAAACGAGAGUACAAGGCUAUCGUCACCAAAGAAACUAGCCGAUUCGAAUAGCAACCCGCCCAAGGAUUUCUUAAAAGAUCUGCAGCGUGUUAUGAGGAAGAAAUGGCAAGUCGCGCAGAAGUGUAAAUUGGAACCGACAACGACGCCACACGAAGUGCUCGGCUUUAGAGAAUAUCCGCUAUCCGAUGAUUAUAAAGAGACCAGUGUAUCCAUGUGGGUUCAAGAACAUUACGGGACGGGAUCCAUGGAAGAUCCCUUUUACGAAAAUGUGUACGGAAGGGAUUCAGUGCCAGUGAGGAGAGAAGAGCCGAAGCCAAUCAAAAAGAGACCGCCACCGGCGCCGCCCAAGCGAAGUGACUCCACGCACCUGACGACACAACCCGGUGUUCAUCUUCCUCAUACGAUCCCCAACACAAGCGCCCCACAACAUUCAGUGCAGCCGACCGCUUGA